AAGCGGCUAAAAUUGGGUGAAUUGUUAUUGCUCGUUCUCUCGCUCGUUAUCGUCUUUCUCUUCUUCCUUCCAUCCACCAUCGUCUUCUUAGGGUUUCCACUCUCACCACUCUGCUCUGCUUCCUUCGCCGCCGCCACCACCCAAUUUCGCGCCGCCAAGGUGCGUUUGUUUAUGUUAUUUAUGGUUAGUGCUGCCACUGGUGUGGAAUGUCCAACAAUCUUGUUUCGCAGCCCAUGCCUAGCAUGCCCAUGGCUCAGUUGGAGCCAAUUUUGAACAAGGUUGAUUCGUCGGGGAGGCAGAUGGAAUUGGGGAUUUUGGGUGGUCCUGUAUCGACUGAUCCUAUGUCGCGGCCUCCGGGUGCCUCGAAUGAUCAUGCUGGGUUAUCGAGUGGGCGGGUAGAAGCCCAAGCACAAGCACAAGCACAAGCACAAGCACAAGCACAAGCACAAGCUAGUCAUAGGGGAUUGCAUCAGCUUCAUUUACCUAGCAGGCAAUCCGUGCAAGUGGGGGCACAGCAACUGUCAGCAACGACUCCCAAGCGGAAGGCGCCGAUGGAAUUGUCACCAAGUGGCUCUGUGGUGUCUAACAAGCGGGUUGCGCAAAUGGGGCCUAGACCUUGGUUGCAGCAAGGUUCUAAUGCAUCGAAUAGAGGUUCUUCGCAGAUGCAAUCGCCGUCGAAUGGUUCUAGGCCACAGCAGCAUUCUGGGGCGUCUAGUAAGAGAAAAACACAGAUGAUGGAUUCUACUUCCGGUAAAGCUGGGACACCUCGGUCCUCGAAUUCGAAAAAUCAGAAUACACAACUGAAACAAUCCCCCAGGGCUCAAAGUGAAUCCUCGGAAAGCGUUAGGUCCAAGAUGAGAGAAUCACUAGCUGCUGCUCUGGCCUUGGUUUCCCAACAAGAAAAACCUCUGGCCUCAAGCGAGAAUACACCGAACAGUGAUGGCAAUGCUCAGGGUAAAUUAGAGGACAGCUCUGAUUGUGCAGGGUCAGCAUCUGCACCCGUUGUUACUGCUUCAGAGCAAAGGCAGGAAAUUUCUCAGUCUGCUAAUUCCUCCUUUUCUGCAACUGUUUCAGUUGACCAUGAGAUGGGAGAGCAAGGAAAGAACACAGCGUCUCAUGAAGAUUUAUCUGAAAAAUGCAAGGACUAUGAAGUGGGGUCCACAAGUGUGUCAAACAAUGAAAAUAUACUGAGUUCUAUGGAAGUCCUUAACUGUGAUAAGCCAGACUUUCAGUCUAGUUACACUUUGACUACUGAUGAUGUUCCUUUCAGUGACAGUUUUUUUAUGAAAGAUGAUCUUUUGCAGGGAAAUGGUCUUUCCUGGGUAUUAUCUGAUAUGGUAGAGGUGGACUUGGGAAAUCAGAGGGAAGGUCAAACUAAUAUAGAGCUAAGAUCUGAACCUGAUGAAACAGGUGGAGCUUCUAAGGAGGCAACCCCAUUACCUGAACUUUUAGCAUCACAGAUAGAAGCAGAGCUCUUCAAACUGUUUGGAGGUGUGAAUAAGAAGUACAAAGAGAAAGGGAGGUCUCUUUUAUUCAAUUUGAAAGAUCGGAAUAAUCCUGAACUUAGAGAGAGGGUUAUGUUCGGUCAAAUUCCCCCAGAACAAUUAUGUUCCAUGACUGCUGAGGAACUUGCUUCAAAGGAGCUUUCUCAGUGGCGGAUAGCCAAGGCUGAGGAGUUUGAUAAAAUGGUGGUUUUACCUGAUUCAGAUGUUGAUUUUAGACGUUUGGUCAAGAAAACCCAUAAAGGUGAAUUUCAAGUGGAAGUUGAUCACGAAGACAAUGUUCCAGUGGAAGAGGUUUCAGGUGGCACUGCCUCGGCUGUUCGAAGCCAAACAACUAAAAAGGUUGUUGAAGCCACUUCUCCUUCCAGAGCUGACAUCAUCAAAAGAGAUGUGAACACUGGUGGUGAGAAGAACAAUUUACAGAAGGAUAAUUCAUUUUCCAUUACGCUUUCUUCCAAUGAUGGGACUGAUCCAAUGCAAGGGCUUAUGACCGAUGAUGCACUAAAGGACCCUGACUUCCUUCCACCAAUUGUCUCUCUUGAUGAAUUCAUGGAAUCCCUUGAUACAGAGCCACCAUUUGAAAAUUUACCUGUAGAAUCUGGAAAAGUGACCCCUAUCUCAGUCAAGGAUGGUUCUGGGGUUGGUUCUAAGUCAAAAUCUUCAGAUUUAACUCCAAGUGAGAAAGCUGAUGUCACCACUGAUAAGUCUGAGAAGUUUCAAAGCACACGUGUAAAUUCGGAUGUUGAAGAGGAAAAAAAGGUAAAUGCGGAAUCUGGGGACAGUUUGUCUAAUGGUAAGAAUCAAGCUGACAUGAAACCAACUGAUGAUCAUGCCAAGGAGAGGUCAACUGAUGACAUGAAGUCUGCAUCGAACGAUGCUGUGGUGAGACCCAGUCAGUUGCAUGCUGAACAGAAAUUUGGUAAUGAUAAUGUAUAUUCAAAAACUGCAGUCCUCAUUAAGGGUGAAUGCCUCUGGGAGGGAAUGCUUCAACUGAAUAUCUCUACCACUCAUUCAGUCAUAAGCAUCUUCAAAAGUGGUGAGAAAACCUCUACAAAAGACUGGCCUGGGUUUCUUGACAUCAAGGGAAGGGUUCGACUCGAGCCAUUUGAGAAGUUUCUGCAAGAGCUUCCACAGUCAAGAACUCGUGCUAUCAUGGUUUUACAUUUUGUUUCCAAAGGGUCGUCCCCUGAGGAGCAAUCAACCAUCAAAGAGGUAGCUGAGUCGUACAUUACAGAUGAGAGAGUGGGAUUUGCUGAGCCUGUGAAUGGAGUUGAACUUUACUUUUGCCCACCUCAUAAGAAAACAGUUGAAAUGCUGGGCAAGAUUCUUCCAAAGGAACAAAUUGAGGCAGUUAAUUCUAUUGAUAAUGGUCUAAUUGGUGUUGUUGUAUGGAGAAAAACUAAUUUAACAUCGACUAUAUCACCCACCCACAAACAUAGCUCUAAAAGACAAUCAUCCUUUAAUAGGAGGCAGCAAGAUACAAAUGUGAAUGCUAAUAACACUCACAAAGCAGUGCCCUCGAAGGGCAUUAAGGCAGCCGAGAAUGGACCUUCAGGUGGUGGUGGUGUUGACGAUGAUGAUGAUGUUCCUCCUGGAUUCGGGCCAGGAACGACCAGAGUCGAGGAUGACCUCCCAGAGUUUAAUUUCUCCAGGAGCUCAAACCCACCACCCCACCUGGUCCAGAAACCUCUAGGACCUGGUAUGGUCCCGUUUCACUCGGUUAGCAAAACCCCUUCGCGUCCCGCGGAACAAAUGAGGGAACUUGUGCUCAAAUAUGGGCAAAACCAAGCAAAUGUAUCUUCAGUAAACUGGCAGGAUAAAUUUGGAGGUACAAUUCAACCCUGGAAUGAUGAUGAUGAUGACAUACCUGAAUGGCAGCCUCAAUCCUCGUUGAAUCAGUUUCCUCCACAACAGACAAUGCGUAAUUCUCAUCUUAGACCACACACCCAGAAUCAACCAUUUGUUGGUUCACCUAUGGCAGCACAGUAUCUGCAACAAGCACCUAUGAAUGUAAACCACGUUCAGAGUAAUCUUAACCCUCAAUGGGUUCCACGUAGCCAGGGUGAUAACACUCAACCAAGUGGUGGAUAUGGAGCACCUGCACAAGGAACUGGCUGGUCUCAACAUGUUUCUAGAAGUAGGAGAUUUUAGCUUCUUUUAGUAUCAAGUUUAGUUCUUUUUCUCUUUGUAACUGUUUGUCUUUUUAGCCAUGUAAAAUUAUGAUAAAGUUUCUAGCUGUUUCUGUAGCAUCAAUACCUUGUAGGCUUUUAUUCUCAUUUCCUGUUUUAGUUUACGAACAGGUUUUUCGGUGAAUAAACAUGAUAGACAUACAGUUUUGCUUGUUGCUUUUCGUAGAAUGGAGUUUUUGAAUUCGAACCAUUUGUUCAAUGUGUGUUGACAAGCAAUUAAUUUUUC